CUUCCAAGAGGGCAUUCAUCCAAACAAUGGCCGAUCAUUCUAGUCGGGAUCACGUGUGCCGGGCCGAUAUCCCGCCUGACUUCGAUCGGUACAACAACGGUCCAUUCUUAGUCACAGAUGGGGAAAUGCUGAACAAGACAAGUGCGGUACCCGACCGAUAAUGUCGAUCAACUUUCGAAGGACGGUGAACGCCCUCCACUCUAGCACAGAUUGCCUAUAGCUCUUGCACUCAGCUGCAGGUUGCCAGCACUUUCGAAAGUAACACUUGGUCCCACUCUCGCCUGCGCAACAAACAUGUCCCAAGGUCGUCUGGUACCCCUCUCGAACGGUACCCAGCUGCCCCAGGUCGGGCUCGGUACCUGGCUCUCACAGCCUCACGAAGUAGAGAAUGCCGUGCGUGUGUCUUUCCCAUCCCUCCUGUCCCGUGUGCUCUAAUUCCGGGUGUAGGUGGAACACGCUAUUAAGACGGGGUACAAUCACCUCGAUUUGGCGUAUAUUUACAGGAACCAGGACGAGGUCGGUGCAGCGCUCAAGAAGGUCAUACCCAGUGUCGUCAAGCGGGAAGACCUGUGGAUCACCAGCAAGGUGUGCUUUCUCUCGGUGCAGGGGAUGCAUGCUGACUUGGGGGAAGCUGUGGAACAAUGCGCACAAGCCGGAGGAGGUCGAGAAGCAGCUAGACGAGUCCUUGCGCCAGAUCGGCACCGACUAUCUCGACUUGUACCUCAUCCACUGGCCAGUAGCGUUCGUACCUAACAGAGGCGUCGUCCCCAAAGCGAACGAGGCGGAUACCGAAGUCGAGCUCGACCUCGAGACGAGCCUUGUAGAGACUUGGAAGGCGAUGAUCGCGCUGCCCAAGAGCAAAGUGCGGAAUAUCGGCGUAAGCAACUUUAGUGUCGCUAUGAUCCGGGCGAUCACGGCGGCUACGGGGGUACUGCCUGCAGCGAAUCAGGUCGAGUGCCAUCCCUACCUCCCGCAGAACGAGUUGGUAGAGUAUGCGAAGGAGACGGGGCUGCAUCUUACCGCCUACUCUCCUCUGGGGAACAACCUCAAGAACGUCCCCAAGCUGACGGAACACGACGUCAUCCAGUCCAUCGCAUCCUCCAUCGGAGCCACCCCUGCCCAAGUGCUCAUCGCCUGGGCCGUCGCGCGUGGAUUCACCGUGAUCCCCAAAUCGGUCCAGAACGAUCGGAUCGAGAGCAACUUUGUACAAGUUGACCUGUCGCCAGAGGAUGUGCAGAAGAUUACCGCGAUUGGGGAGAAAGAGCACACGAGGUUCAAUAUCCCCUAUUACUUCGUCCCGAGGUGGAAUAUCAGCGUCUUCGGAGAACCGUCGGAGAAGGAGGCGAAGAACCAGAUCAAGGUCGAGUAGAUGGAGUGGGAAAGUUAAAAUAGACAAUAAGGAAUGAUGAGAUUUGGGAAUGAUGACCUCUUGUUUAUGCUUGAGACAGUGACAAAGGGUGACUGGACUCGACUUGACCGCAUGAUUGGUCCGUUGUCUCGCAUCAGCCUCUGCACGAGUCUGUUCCAUUAGCAACGAUGUCCUCCGAAACUAGAGUAGUGGAAUACUCCACACCCCGUCUUUUCUUCCUCGCCUGCCUACCGUAUGACACUUGGCACAUGAAUGUCGCCCUCGGCUCUGCCGUUGAAGCCUUUGCGGGGUCGGAAGCGAAACCCGAUCCCGCAGCUCCAGGGGAAGGGGUAUGGCUCGCCGUGCGGACGGGCAAACAGCUCGAGUGCGCAUUCAUAUGUACGCCGGUGUUCUGACCGGGUUAACUCUUGAGUUAGCCUUACUCUCACCCCUCAUGGGCAACAAACGAUCCUCUCUGCACCGGCGCAUAGUGCUUUUCUGUCAUCCGACUGGCUUGCUCCCCGCGUGCAGCUCCUUGGGGAAACACUGCAUCAGCUCGUCUCGCAGGGUGAACAAGUGCCGGUGAAAUUCCUCCGUGGUCCGGUUCCCCUAGUUCAGGCGUUCGCAACGGCCUACGGCGCUUUCUCCGGGAUUCAACCACAGCAACCUGCGCUCACUGAGCAGGUUUAUUCGCACAUCCCACGGAGCAGGAUAGACU